AUGGCUUUUCUCAGGUGCAUAUUCACGAAAGUGAAUGUAACUUUACUGGCAGAUUUCUCGAACCAAGCCCCUAACCACCAGCACAUCAGGGGCGUGGCUUUUCUUCUGUACUCACCCCGCUGUAGUAUAAUCUCUUCUCUCUCUCUCUCUCUCUCUCUCUUCUCACCAUCUCCCUCUCUUUUCUUUCUCUCUUCUCACCCUCUCUCUCUUUUCUUUCUCUCUCUCUUUUUUCUCUCUUUCCACUCUCUAUCUCUUUCUUUCUCUCUUUCCACUUUCUCUCGCUUUUCUUUCUCUCCCCUCUCUCUCUCUCUUUUCUUUCUCUCUCUCUUUUCUUUCUCUCUCUCUUUUCUUUCUCUCUUUUCUUUCUCUCUCUUUUCUUUCUCUCUUUCCACUCUCGCUCUUUUUUCUUUCUAUUUUUCCACUCCCGCUCUUUUCUGUCUCUUUUUCCACUCUCUCUUUUCUUUCUCUCUCUCCUCUCUCUUUUCUUUCUCUCUUUCCACUCUCUCUCUUUUCUUUCUCUCUCUCCUCUCUCUUUUCUUUCUCUCUCUCCACUCUCUCUCUUUUCUUUCUCUCUUUUCACUCUCUCUCUCUUCUUUCUCUCUUCUCUCUCUUUUCUUUAUCUCCCCUCUCUUUUCUCUCUUCUCUCUCUUUUUUCUCCCUCUCUCUCUCUUCUCUCUCCUCUCUCUCAAUUUCUUUCUCUCUACCUCUUUCUCCCUGUCUCUCCUCUCUUCCUCUUUUCCCUCUUUAUUCUCUCUCGCUCUUUUUCCCUUCUCUCUCCUCUCUUUCACUUUUUCCAUUUCUCUUCUCCCUUUCCUUGUCUCUUUCUUGUCUCAUUCACUUCCCCCCCUCUCUCUCUCCUCGCUCUCUCUCACUUUCUCUCUCUCCCCUUUUCUCUUCUCUCCUCCCCCUCUCUAUUCUCUCUCUCCUUCUCUCUUCUCUCUCCCCCUUAUCUCUUCUCUCUCUCCCCUGUCUCUUCUUUCUCUCCUCUUCUCUCUCGUUAGAUUUACCCCUUUUCCCUUCCCAUAG